UUUUUGUUUUCGCGAAUUAGGAAUAGUUGUUUCCAAAAUGUUGAUAGUGAUUGUAAUAAAUUUUGCCCGUUUUUUACAGAGAAGUCAAAGGGAACACCUGUUGGGCCUGGGCCAUCACAAAUGCCGGGUCCUAUUACUACAGAAGCACCUACAAAUGCUACCUCUAAAGCCCAUGAGACAACUACAUCAGUAACUACCACUACCUCUACUACUACUACUACUACUUCUACUGCUGCUACUACUACUACUACUACUCAGAAGCCCACUACGAAACCUGACACAACUACUCCACCUCCUACAACCACCACAAGCAUACCUACCACUACUACUCCUCAAACUACUACUACUACUACUCCCUCCAAUACUUCCACAACCACAACAUCCACCACUUCUCCUCCUGUAACUACAAGUACUGAACCUUCAUCAACUACCAAAGGACCUGUUUCAACUGUGAGUCCAGUCCCUAAUCCUACAGCUGAGCCGUCCAAAGAUCGGCGAUUUGAUGGACCUAGCUUUAUUGGUGGUAUUGUGCUGUCUUUGGGAAUUAUGGCUAUUGCCUUUGUGUCAUGGAAGUUCUAUAAGGCUCGCUCUGAGAGAAAUUACCACACCUUGUAAAUUCACCUUCAGUGAUCAGAAGAGAACACCAACUGAAUGGUAUAAAACGUAAGUUAGUGUUGAAAUCAAAAUGUUUGGUAAGCACAUUUUGCACAAUCUGCUUAUGGGUUGAAAAGUAAUGCCUUAAGACAAAAAAAAUUCAGUUUUCAUAAAUUAUUCAUUGUUUGUGAAGUUUUUGUUUUUAUUUUUGUGAUGUUGGAAGAAAAAAACUUGUACAUAUUUUGCUGAUUGCCUCUGCAAAUCGGGGUAGUAUAUGUUGAUCUGUUACUGAUCUGUCCAGUAAUGAAAGGAGGUUACCAAAUUAAUUUGUCUGAAAUGUUUAAUGGAAUCUAAAUGGGGAAAAAAGAGGGAUGGAAAAUGUUUCAGGGGAACUGAAAUGGGAAGUAUCAAAUUUCUCGUUUACCUCCUUUCAUUAGCAAUGAGGAACGGUAUUCCUAAUAUUCUCAAUUUAGAGUUGAAGGUUAGUCAAUGUCAAAUAUGCUGUGAUGAGAAUCUAAGUAGAUGUUUAAUAUGUAUAAAUUAAACGUAAGGCAGGCCAUAGGUUUCAUAAUAAAUGUGAACCUUUAGCAAUAUCAGAAAUCAAGGUAAUGUAAAUGUUUUUCUGAAGGAAACGUGAUGUAUGUGCUGCAACUUGGACAGGAGCUAAUGAAUAAUAUUCGGAAAUUACUUCUUGUAAAAUUUAAAUUUUAUUUUUGUGUUUGUUUCACAUAGAAGUGUAUAGGAUUCAAAUUCUUAUUAGUAAACUAUUUUAAUCUAAAAACCUUUGGCACGUGUUUGUAGAGUUUCUCUUUUUUUUUUCUAUUGCGUAGGUAGUUUCCAGUUGUGUAGUUUUUACAAUUUUUUCUUUGAAAAAAGAAUUUGAAAAAACUAGAUAAAAGGAUAAAAUUUCAUUUUAGUAUGAAAGCUUAUUUUAUUAAAAAUGUACAGUAGAUAUCAAAAACUACGAUGACAAUUUUUUUUCUGUGAUGGCAGAACAGACUUGGAAAGUGGUAGUGGGCUAUAUAACGAAUGGUGCUUUGAAGUGUAAAUAAUCUCGCAAAGUGUGCAAAGUAACUUUAUUAAAAUGCCAUUGUGAAUCUCUUAGAUUCUGAAGAUAAUCCCAUGUUCACAUAGUAUAUUGCACUGUUUGUUCAUUGCUUUACAUAAUCGUGCACCAACCAUGAUAAGAAUAGGUUUUAAAUUUAACAUAGCACUAUUUCUUUAGAAAGCAAAACUUUUACAUCUAAGACACUUCGAAACAAAAUUCAGAUUUUUACUUUGUGGUUCAAUUUUUUAAAGUUAGGUCCAUGAAGUGAGAUCACGAUUAAAUCUAAUUAUCCCUAGUUUGUAAAUCCCCAAAAUUCACUUGAGAUUCUUUGUACAGUGCAAUCUUAGGGCCUGUUAAUGAAGGUUAUGUAGUUAUAACAGCAAGUGAGACUAAGGUCGUGGAAACAAGUGCUCUUAGCGUGUUGCGUGAGUGAGUGUUGGUGUGGCAAAAGAGAUGGAGUAUUUGUGUCAGACACUGUUGCCUUGCUGGUCUAUUUUAAUAAAAAUGUUUGUAGUAUCAGGACAUGGGGUUAUUGUAAACUAAUUAUAUUAUGAUUAUUAUAAUUGAGGAUUAGUAUUUUCAAUAUCUACUCUGUACCCACCUAGUGUUUAUAUUGUCAUAUCUAUGCAUACUGCAAUACACCAAUACUUAUUGCUGUUAUUUUGUAUUACAUGUUAGGCAGAAAUAAUUGUGAUGUUUGUUUAGAUAGGACAAGUGAACAAUUUGUAUGUUUUGUUAUUUUUGAAGUGUGAAGAGGCAACCAAAGAGGCAUUUAUUUUUUUUAACAUUCAGUUAUUUUGUAUUGAUUCUUUUCUUUCUCUACUUGGCUUAGAACAUUCAGUUUAUAUUAGGUCUUUCAGUAAUAAAAUUGCAAGAAAUUACAAAGGCACUAAGAAAAUGAAUUAAGUGCUAUUUAGUUCCCGAGUUAAAAUGCACAUAAACAGUAAUGGUUCUUCUGUUUAAUGCAGGAUCUGGUGAGGUUGUGGAGAGAAAUGUGCAUUUGUUAUGUGUGCAUUUAAGAAGUUUAAAUGUUCUUAUGCUGAUGUGAUGCAUUUUUGUAUCUUCACAAACCUGAAUAUGUGUUAAACACUUUCAAUUAGUAUAAUGUAAAUAUGAUAUAAAGCUAAGCUGAAGCAUAUUUUGUGACUGGUGUUCAUAAACUUUUUUGCUCAUUUGCUUUUUUUGUGCUGGUUAAUGAAUCUCUUUCAUUGUGAUAGUUUUGUUGCAUUGCAAAGGAGGUUAAUAGAGAGUUUUGUCAAUUUGUCAGCAAGAAAAGUUGAAUCUGUACUUGAAAUUCCCAGUCAUUAAAUAUGAUGCUGUUAUUAAUCUUGAGAAUCCAUCCAUUAUAGGGAAUAGUUUCAAAACGUUCAUUGGAAUUACUUUUUGCAAGUAAUGUAUGUAAUGUUGUGACAAGUUAAUUGCAUAUAUUUUCAUGAUAUAACCUACUCUGAAGUGCUGUUCGUAAAAUCAGUGUAACAAGAAUUUGCCAAUAAAUGUUUUUCUCUUGUAUUUUACUUACUUUCUUAAAAACCCACCUGAUGACUUAAGAGGCACACACCAUUCUUAGAAUUGAAGGUGCUAGUGUUGCAUAAUUGCUAAUGCCACAGCUUCCAUGCUUCCUUCACUUCUACCAAUGGGGGCUGGACUUGAUCCUGACCAAUUUCAAGUGGAAUUUUUUGUGAACUAAGCAAGUUCUUAGUAGGUUUUCUCAGUGUUCAGUCUCCUUUGCUUCUCAUACCACCAUGUCUCCAUAAUUCACUUUAUCACUGGAAACUAUAGCAUGCAAAAUCACUGUCAGUGUAAAAAUAUGUACCAUGAAAUGGCAAAUUAUUUACAUUAAUAAGUUAUGUCAACAGUAAAAAUAUGUAGUCGGAU